AUGAAACUUGCCCCAGAGGGAGCUAUGCAAUUCGGCAUGGCCUCACUACGCAUCUGCGAGGCACUCAUGAAGGCAAACCCGGACUAUGGGCCAGUUUACAUGUACAAGAACGGCAUGUCGGAUGGUUUCUAUCGCAUCCAACUGUCAACUACCGGCGCACUCAAGCUUGGGGUCAUCUUACCGCGUUUUGAAGGCCUUCCACAAUUGGUUGCACUGCCACUUGUGCUUCCAAUGGGUUGGACAGAGAGUCCACCAUGGUUCUGCGCUUUCACGGAAACCGUUGCCGAUCUGACAAAUGUUGACUUGCAACAAAACAAGCGAGUGCCACCGCAUCCUUUGGGAAGGGCAGCAGCCAUCACUGACUUUGAAGUGAGGGACACACAAGUCGUGAGACCUAUACCAAAAUCUCACCAGCCACUGACUUACCAGCGCCCAUUGAAAAAGAUGGAAGUCUUUGUGGACGAUUUUGUUGGAAUGGGCCAAGACCAUCCAAGCAAUCCUUUGACAAAUCAACGAGCCGUCCUCAGCCACAACAUUGACAAGGUCUUCCGACCAAAUCGACCCACGGACAACCAGUGGCGAAAAGAGCCACAGUCACAAUCAAAAAUGGCCAAGGGAGAUGCCUCUUGGCACACAGUCAAAGAAGCUUUGGGUUGGAACUGGGGAGCGACAACAAAGACAUUGCAAUUGAAAGAGAAACGAGUGAGCAAGGCCCUGUCACUCCUGGGCGAGGUCUUGGAUUGCAAACGCGUCUCCCUGAAACAAUGGCAGCAGGUGUUAGGGGUCUUACAAAGCCUGCAGCCAGGAAUGUCGGGCAGUGAGGGGCAUUUCUCCCUGCUGCAGGAGGCACUGAUUCGACAGGUGGAUUGUAGGGUGCGUUUGACUCCUGAGGUCCGUGAGCAACUGGAAAUCUUCCAAAAUGGCCAUGCAAAGCGCCCCACAACACUGGAAGAGCUGGUACCAGGCGUUGAUUUACACGUUGGCGCUUGUGAUGCGGCAAAGUUGGGAAGGGGAGGAGUAUGGUUCACAGACGGUGGAGAGGCCAUUGUCUGGCGCGAACCAUAUCAAGAAGCAGUGAAAAAAGAGGUAAUUUCAGAUCACAAUCUGACAGGAAAACUUACCAACUCAGACUUGGAGCUGGAAGGCACCGUCCUCCAUCAUUUUGCCCUUGGAAAGACAGCCCAGGUGGAAGGCAAAACCACUUACACUGGCUAUCAACUCUUGGCAACUGUACAGGAUGCCGAACGCCGUGAACUCCUUGAUGACAUCCGUGCUGUUGAACUCGGAAUCGAACGCGGAGUCUGUCCUUCAAGAGUUGCAAAGGCACACUCUGUCUGGACCGCAUGGGUUGCCUUCUGCGAAAGCCUCACCCUUGACCCAGGAUUGUCAGCGGUCGACGAUCCCUUGCUCAUCUUCCUCCUCUUUGGAACCCAAUGGCAACGUGGGAAAAUUGCCCCCAGUAAGAGACAGGUCCGGGGUCGAACGGCUGAAGAUGCCAUGCGCCAGGUGGGCCAGGCCUUUUCCUCAUUGGGAUUGCUUGAUCCGAGAAUGAACCGAUAUGCACCGGGCACAAUGGACUUUGUUGGACACGGCUGCUAA